AUGUUCGAUACUGGAUUCUCGUGUUACUUUGGACAACGUCAUCUCUUCUCUCGAGAAUCUCUUCUUUUUGGGUUUACAAGCCAAACGCUAGUUGCAAUGGCACCAUCACGUAACAUCAUUGUAGCCACCGGUCUGGUUGUUUUCGCGUCUGCAGGCUUAGCGUUCCCCUUCUACAUGGCAUCGUCGAAAAAACCAGUGAUAGAUCCAACAAAACCAUUACCUCCUCAAGCAACUUUUAGGGGACCUUACAUAAACACUGGCUCACGCGAUGUUGGACCUGACCAUCAAAACUACCCGAAGAAAUAA